GGAAGAGGUUGCUUCCACUCUCCAAAACAGUAGAAGCAGUCUCCCAAUCAAGCAAUCACUCUUCACAAUCAUCUUCUCCCUCGAAUAUUCACGCCCCGACCCGACCGAAUCUUCGGCCGAGGAGAGGAAUUUUCUGGGCAAACAAACAAACACUUGAUGAUGGAUGUGGAUCCCCGACAGUACGAAACCAUUGAUGUCAGUGACAGUGAUGUCCACAACAUUGUUCUGUCGUAUCUUGUGCACAAUUGCUUCAAAGACACCGUGGAAUCAUUUAUUGCCAGCACGGGGAUGAAGCAGCCUGAUUAUUGUCUUGAGGAUAUGGAGAAAAGAAAAAGAAUAUUCAAUUUUACAUUAGAGGGUAAUGUUCUGAAGGCCAUUGAACAAACAGAACAACUUGCACCGGACUUACUGGAGAAAAACAAGGAUCUGCAUUUUGAUCUAUUGAGCCUUCAUUUUGUUGAACUAGUAUGCUCGAGAAAAUGCACAGAAGCACUUGAAUUUGCUCAGACAAAGCUAGCUCCUUUUGGGAAGGUCCAGAGUUACGUUGAAAAGCUUGAAGACUUCAUGGCUCUGUUGGCCUAUGAGGAACCAGAAAAGUCGCCCAUGUUUCACCUACUCAGCUUGGAAUAUCGACAGCAGGUCGCAGACAGUUUGAAUAGGGCAAUCCUUGCACACGCGAACCUCCCCAGCUAUUCAGCAGUGGAAAGGUUAAUUCAGCAGAUAACAGUAGUACGACAAUCCUUAAGCCAAGAACCUGGCAAGGAGGGCAAUACGCCCUUUUCAUUGAAGGACUUCCUCAAGAGCUAGCCAUACAAACGUUUCGAGUUCAUAGCCUUACUGGAAUCGUGAACUUCAGUCCGCUUUGCUCCUUUGCUAACUUCAAAGAACUGUAGCCACGCUUUUGGUGCAUAUCGAGCUUUGGUUAGUUGUGAUAUACUUAGCUUUACUCGAAAUAUUGUUGCCAAUUUUAGGUCUAUUCUUCUCUGCUCUAGUAAACUUUCUUUAUGUACUAGGCAUGUUCUUUACCUUUAGCCAAAGAAUCUAUUCAUUCCUCUAAUGUCAUUCACAAUCCUUUGCUACAAUUCAUGGU